AUGUCCAAGGGAAUGCCUCAGUCCGCAGACUCAACAGGCAUGAAAAACAGUGUGCCUAGGACCGGCAAAAAAUCAAAAAGCUUUCUUCCGGCGCUUAGCGAGAAUGUAGAAGAAAAGCAAGAUGUAUGGCCACCUGUAAUAACGAGUCCUCUGAAACUAUGCAGUUCUCACCUCUGCAGCUCCUCCGCCGAAGUACUCAGCGCAGCCAACACAAACUCCCUCUACUCUCACUCCUCUCGCUCGAGUUCGUCCUCCAUCAAGCGCGGCGACAGCAGCGACGCUUUCAACCCUCCCAGCAAGCUCUCCCGCUCCGAUCCCUCCGAACCCACCUCCUUCUCUUUCCUCCUCUCCGCCGCCAGCUCGCGCGACGCCCUCGAGAGCGCCUUCCCGCGGGAAAAGUCCGCCAAAUCGACGCGCGCGACGCAGCCGAGCAUUCCCGGGCUGGUGACGUGCAACUGCAAGAAAAGCCGGUGUCUGAAGCUGUACUGCGAGUGUUUCAAGAGCCAGGAAUACUGUUCCAGCGAGUGUAACUGCCUGAAUUGUUACAAUAACCGCAAACACGAGUCGGAAAGAGAGGAAGCCGUGCAGAGGAUGAAGGCGCGGAAUCCGCAUUGUUUUGAGAAUCACGUGGAUGAAAAGAAGGGAGUGAAUAAGAGUGGAUGUCGAUGUCGGAGAACGCAUUGCGAUAAGAAGUAUUGUGAGUGCUUUAGUCAUGGGGUACCGUGUGGGGAUCAGUGCCAGUGCAAGGAUUGUAAGAAUGAAGAACAGUGGAAUAACGGGAUGGAAAGCAUGGUAGGCGAUGGAGAGGAGACAAAUGGACGACAACAGGAAACUCCGAAGGUGAUCCUUGUGUUAAGACGGAUUCUGGAAGCUGCGGAUCCGCUGUCUACAACAAAGAAUUCAAUUAUUCAAACGCUAAUUGAUGAUUACGCAGAAGAAAUCUUGAAGGAAAUCGAUGUUUUUGUUCAUGAAAAGCAACAAAGGGAAAGCAAGGAAGAAGACCCUUCAUUAAAUUUGUCAUAUAUUGUGUCAAAGGAAUUAGAGGCGAUCACAGGAAAACAAGAGUGUUCUGGGAAAGAGAUUUUAAAAUGUGUGUGGAAAUAUAUUCAGGAACACCAGCUCAUCGAUCCCUCAAACCCGGAAGUGAUUCUUCCAGAUCCUACUCUGCUUGAAGUAAUUCAUAAGAAAUAG